UAUAUGGGCCACCUUCUCUCGAAGGAGCCGCGUAACCGCCCGAGCCAGAAGAGGCCUCGCUGUUGCAGCUGGUGCCGCCGCCGCCGCCCUCUCCUCAGGCUGCCCCGCCGGACCCCAGCCAAGGCGCCCCCUCAGCCGGCGGCGCCCCGGAGCCGGGACUGCUUCUUCCGCGGGCCCUGCAUGCUCUGCUUCAUCGUGCACAGUCCCGGCGCGCCCGCCCCCGCCGGCCUAGAGGAGGAGCCGCCGCUCUCGCUGUCGCCGCGGGACGGGGCCUACGCCGCGGCCGCCUCCUCGCAGCACCUGGCGCGGCGCUACGCGGCCCUGGCUGCCGAGGACUGCGCUGCCGCCGCCCGCCGCUUCCUGCUAUCCUCGGCCGCUGCCGCCGCUGCCGCCGCCGCUUCGGCCUCGUCGCCGGCCUCCUGCUGCAAAGAGCUGGGGCUGGCCGCGGCCGCCGCCUGGGAACAGCAGGGCCGGAGCCUCUUCUUGGCCAGCGUGGGGCCCGUGCGCUUCCUGGGGCCGCCCGCCGCCUUGCAGCUCUUCCGGGGGCCGCCGCCGGCCGAGACCCCCACGCCCCCCGAAAUGGUGUGCAAGCGGAAGGGGGCCGGGGUCCCCGCCUGCACCCCCUGUAAGCAGCCCCGCUGCGGCGGGGGGGCCUGCGGCGGCGGCAGCGGCGGCGGCGGAGGAGGAGGCCCUGCGGGGGGAGGCGCCUCGCCGCCGCGGCCCCCCGACGCCGGCUGCUGCCAGGGCCCGGAGCAGCCACCUCAGCCUCUCUGCCCCUCGCGCUCCUCUCCCACUUCAGAAGGUGCCCCGACAGAGGCCGGCGGGGACGCUGUCCGAGCGGGGGGCACCGCCCCCUCGCCCGCCCAGCAGCAGCAGCAGCAGCACGAAUGCGGCGACUCGGACUGUCAAGAACCCCCCGAAAACCCCUGCGACUGUCACAGGGAGCCACCCCCCGAAACCCCAGACAUCAACCAGCUGCCGCCAUCCAUCCUGCUCAAGAUAUUUUCCAAUUUAUCCCUGGAUGAGCGUUGCCUUUCUGCAUCAUUGGUUUGCAAGUACUGGCGUGACCUUUGUUUAGAUUUCCAGUUUUGGAAGCAGCUGGAUCUUAGUAGUCGUCAGCAGGUCACUGAUGAAUUAUUGGAAAAAAUUGCAUCAAGAAGUCAAAAUAUAAUUGAAAUCAACAUUUCUGACUGUCGCAGUAUGUCUGAUACUGGCGUAUGUGUUCUAGCAUUUAAAUGUCCUGGACUUCUUAGGUACACAGCCUACAGGUGUAAACAGCUUUCUGACACCUCUAUUAUUGCGGUUGCCUCUCACUGUCCUUUACUUCAGAAAGUUCAUGUAGGCAACCAGGACAAACUUACUGAUGAAGGACUCAAACAGCUGGGCUCAAAGUGCAGAGAACUGAAAGAUAUUCAUUUCGGCCAGUGUUACAAGAUCUCAGAUGAAGGCAUGAUCGUCAUAGCUAAGGGCUGUCUGAAAUUACAAAGAAUAUACAUGCAGGAAAACAAAUUAGUGACAGAUCAGUCUGUGAAAGCAUUUGCUGAGCACUGUCCUGAACUUCAGUAUGUUGGCUUCAUGGGUUGUUCAGUUACUUCUAAAGGAGUCAUUCAUCUAACCAAGCUAAGAAACCUUUCCAGCUUGGACCUACGUCAUAUCACUGAACUGGAUAAUGAAACCGUGAUGGAAAUUGUCAAGAGGUGCAAAAAUCUUAGCUCUCUCAAUCUCUGCCUGAACUGGAUCAUAAAUGACAGGUGUGUGGAGGUCAUCGCCAAGGAAGGACAAAACCUGAAAGAGCUGUAUUUGGUGUCCUGUAAAAUCACAGAUUAUGCGCUGAUAGCCAUCGGGCGGUACAGCCUGACAAUAGAGACUGUGGACGUUGGAUGGUGUAAAGAAAUUACAGACCAAGGAGCCACCCUGAUUGCGCAGAACAGCAAGUCUCUAAGAUAUUUGGGGCUCAUGAGAUGCGAUAAAGUCAGCGAAGUGACGGUGGAGCAGCUGGUGCAGCAGUACCCCCACAUCACCUUCAGCACCGUCCUGCAGGACUGCAAGAGGACCUUGGAGAGAGCCUAUCAGAUGGGCUGGACCCCCAACAUGUCUGCCGCCUCCUCCUAACACCCCUGCCCACUCUUUGGUCCCCUCGGGUCACCCAGGAGGGUGGAGAGGAAUCAUAGAUUUGGGUUGGGUGAUCUCUUAGGUUUAAAGUGUCCUGUGUCUACAUGUGUACCCAAGCGUGUGUGUUUGUGUCCCGUUUGCAUAUUGCAUAGCAUAAGCGCAACUGUUUGUUCCCAGGUGAGCUGGGUUUUUUCUUCAAAAUUAAAAAUUUUGAAAGACACAGACCUUUAGUUUCUUAGUUCAAAGGCUUAUUUCUCUGGAAAAGAAAUUUUUUUUUACUGUAAAAUCAAAAAAAAUUGGAACCAUUCUUUUGAGCUUCUGAUUACUGCCACCAGAGAUGCCCCCAGAUGAAGGCAGCAGCUGCCUUCUCUUUUCACCGGAAAGGAUUGUGCAUGUCUACUGGUGACGACCAGAACAGGAGCGAUGUUGCACUAAUUAGAAGCCUGGAAACCAGUACUUUUCAAAAUUUCAAAGCACACACAUACAUGUUGGUUCUCAUACUCUCUCAUACACACACCUCACGGCACGUUCUUUCUAGAUCAUUUUCUGACAGAGGGGCCUUCUUCCAGGCCACUGAGAGACAUGUCAUCCACCAUGGCUCUGCCUGUCUCACUGUACCCACAGGUGGCUGACCUGCUGUCCAAUGGGUGGCUUAGGGACUAGAGAGAAUAAAGCCUUUUGUGAAGUUUUCAUAUGGAGACAACACUCUGAGCUCCCUGACCCAGCUCACAAAAGUUAAUUAUUCAUUACUCUGUAAAAUUUGGUUGAGUACUAAGUAUUUUGAGUUACAUGUUAACAUUGUGUUAGCUUUUAUUUCAUGGAUGGUAACUGGUCCAGAUAUAUUUUAAUGAUAUUUGGAGCUAAUCUUAACAUUAUCGACAUUAAAGCCACCAAUGUAAUGAAUAGUGUGCAAUUAUUUUAAAAAAACCAACAGAUCAUUUAAUUACUUUUCUUAAUUUUGGUAAUUAUGAAAAUACAUUUCUGAGAUUUGAGGCUAGUCAAAUUGAUAGAAGAUUAAUGAGUGAGAUAUAAGUAGACAAUCUUCCUACUGUUUUGUUUUUUGUUUUUUGGGUUUUUUUGCAUUGCUUUGGGCUUUAGAACAGGUUUUUUGGAUAUAUGCAUGUUAUCAUAUUUUGAAUAGUUCUUAUGCUGUUGCAAAGAUCUAUUGCUGGUUAAUGUAUGAGUUAAGAAGAAAUAUUAGAAAAUCUUUUCAUUAAGAUUCUGUUUACACUUGUGAGAAAUAAGCAUUUCUUUGUUUAAUUAAAGAUUUCCAGUCUUCAGUUUAGACAAUAUCUAUUAGUAAAUGAAUAUAUGUUUUGAUUUCACACAUCUUUACAAUUAAUUCAUAGUAGGGACUCAGGCUCAAAUAACCUUCCCUAUGUCAAGAUUUAUAAUCAAGACAGCAGGGAGCCUUUUUAAGCUAAAGAGUGAUUAUCUUUCACAGUAGAGCUAGAUAUACAAAACCCUGACUUGUGAGUUAGCUAUUUAUUCUUCCCCAUUUUGGACAUAAACUGUUUCUUGGCCUUUAACAGAUACACUAAGAUUUCAGUUUCACUUUAUGUAAUUCCCAAUACUGCUAAAAUGAAUGCUUCAAGCUGUAAGAAACAAACAAACAAAAAAUAGCUUUACAUUCAAAUGCCAUUCACUUAUUUAUAAUAACUCUUUUUUUUGUAAACAACUAUUUCCUUUGAUUAUGUCAACAUGUUUCCAAUGUGGCAUGUCUUUGGCUUUUAAUCCCAAUCAGUUUGGAAAAUCUAGUCACUAAGCACCAAGAGUAUUUUUCCAUCACUAAAUGGGUUACUAAUUUAAUUUGAAGGGAAUAAAAUUUGUGUAAGAAAACAAGCUGUUUACUGUUAAUAAACUGUAGUUCUUCUUACAUAGCAA